CAAUUUGCAUGUGAGGAUCUAAGGGUCCUUCAAUGUGAAAGCAGUAUUAUUUCAUAACAUGUUUAUUUUUAGACACAGUUCCAGAGGGUGUGAGGCUGAAUCUGGUUGUGUGUGGGAGUAACAGAGAAUUAAUAUCCUUCAUUUCAAACCUGAUCCUGAAGCAGAGCGAGAGCAGAUCAGAGCUGAGCUCAGAGUGUGUGAGGAGAGACGUGGAGCUUGAUGGACGUCUGGUCAGUCUGGUGGAGCUUCCAGCUCUGUUCAACACUCAGCUCUCAGAGGAGGAAGUGAUGCGUCAGACUCACCGCUGUGUGUCUCUCUGUCAUCCUGGAGUUCAUGUGUUCGUCCUCAUCAUUCCUGAUUCUCCACUUAAUAAUGAAGACAGAGCAGAAAUAGAGGAGAUCCAGAGGAUCUUCAGCUCAAGAAUCAACAAACACAUCAUGAUCCUCAUAAAGCAGGAUUCAGAUCAACAGACAGCAGAACUAAAUGAAGAAACACAGUCUGUCAUUGAGAGAUUUGGAGGACGGCAUCAUUUCAUUGGUCCAAACACACAAGCAUCUGUGUUGAUGGAGAAACUGGAGCAGAUGGUUAAGGAAAAUAGUGGUGAUUGUUUCUCCACAGAGACGUUGAUGGAGACACAGAUGGAAAAACUGCAGAAAUUUGAAGAAUUAAAGAGGGGAAUUCAUUCAUUAGAGACGUGGUUUCAGUCACAAGAUUCAAGAGAAAGAGAAGAUGAAAUAAGGAUUGUGCUGCUGGGAAAAACUGGAGUUGGGAAGAGUUCAACUGGAAACACCAUCUUAGGAAGAAAAGUGUUUGAAUCAGAUAUUUCUCAAACAUCUGUUACUAAAGUGUGUCAUAGAGAGACGGCUGAAAUCAACAGCAGACACAUUACUGUGAUCGACACUCCAGGACUGUUUGAUACUGAACUCAGUAAUGAAGAAAUCCAGAGAGAAAUCAGCAACUGCAUCUCCAUGAUCCUGCCUGGACCACAUGUGUUUCUCUUACUGAUCCCAGUGGGACGAUUCACUCAAGAGGAGGAAAAAUCACUGAAGAUCAUCCAAGAGACAUUUGGUGAAAACUCUUUAAAGUACACCAUGGUGCUCUUUACCAGAGGAGACUUUCUGAAGAACAAAAUCAUUGAACAGUAUCUGGGGGAACCUGGAUCUACCCUUAAAAACCUUACUGAAGCAUGUGGAAACAGAUUCCAUGUGUUCAAUAAUGAGACUAGAGACCGAACACAGGUGACUGAUCUACUGCAGAAGAUAGACAACAUGGUGAAAGAGAACGGAGGGAGUUACUACUCAUGUAAGAUGUUCAGAGAGAUGGAGAGAGAAAUACAAGAACAACAGAAGAACAUACUGAUGGAGAAAGUGGAGCAAGUGAUCAGAGAAAGAGAAGAACUGAUGAACAAACAUAAAGAAGAGAAAAAGAGGAUGAAGAUGAAGAUUGAGGAAGAAAGAAAGAAUCAUGAGAAAGAGAGAAAGAGAAGAGAAGACGAAUAUAAAAGAGACAUUAAAGAAAGAGAGGAGCAAGAAAGAAAUAUGAGAGAGGAGCUGAAGCGAGAACGAGAAGAAUGGGAGAAACAGAAACAACAGGAAAGACAAAGAAGAGAAGAAGAGGAGGAUAAAUGGAGAAAGAAAGAAAAGGCCAUGUUAGAUGAAUAUUAUCAGAGACUUAAACAAGAGAUAGAGAGAAUAAAGGUGAUGGUGGAGAAAGAAAGACAGAAUCAUGAUCAAGACAGAAAGAGACUUGAAGAAGAGCAUGAAAGAAAGAGAAAGAAAGAAAAGGAAAUAUGGGAUGAAUAUUACCAGAAACUUGAAAAAGAGAUCGAGAGAAUGAACAUGACAAUGGAGGAAGAAAGAGAGAAUCAUGAUAAAGAGAGAACAAGAAGAGGAACAGUAUAAAAAAGAUACAUUAAUGUCACUGAGAGACAAGAGAGAAAGAUUGGAGAGGAGCUGAAGAGAGAAUGAGAGGAAUGGGAGAAACAGAAACAAAAGGAAAGACAAAGAAAUAGGAGAAGAAA